AUGGCUCGCGAAGAAGAAAGACACUUUAAGAAAAACGAAAGGAGAGAUUACAAUAAUCCCAAGCGAAAGAACUCGUUCGCUGGUAAAAAUAAGGACCUUCACACUAACGCUCCACCAGUUUCAACUACAGUAACUUCACCAACUACACCAACAUCCAACGCGUCGUUUUCUUCAGGCCCACCUGGCCCGGCUUUGCCCAGUUUGAGACCGACCCCCGAGCAUGUACCAGUUAAUAAUUUCAACUCUCAGGAGGUCGAUACAUUUUUGAAUAAUGGAUGGAAGGAGGAACUUGAACGAUAUUAUAAUAAUACUCCGGAAUCUGAAAAACCAGAGAUGUAUAAACCAACAGAAAAAGCAUGGGGACCUAAGAGUGGACCUGUUUGGGGCCAGAAACCACAUUUAAUGGCUAACGGCAAUGAUUUCUAUACUGAACUGAGGAAGUCAUCUCCCAACGUUCAAGUAUCAAAUGCUCAGCCUGCAACAGCCAA